ACGGCGUGAAUUACGAUCUCGCUCUUGUUUAUUUCCCCGUUUAGGGAAAGAAGAAAUCUCGCCCGAGAUUAAAGAAGUCAUGAUGGCCAUGGAUAAAUAUUAUUCCGAACUUUCGUUGAUCGAAAAUGUCCUUAAUAAUUGGGACCCUAUAAAAAAGACGAUAGUUGUUAUAUUUUUAUCCAUAUCUUAAUUUCGAUUAUCGACAAUUCGUUCACGAUUUAUUAUCCCCUGUUUAGGAAGCAUCCCCUACAAACAAGUCUAAAAUACCGCGAAGCGCUAGAUCCAAAGACGUGGGUCCUUUCGAGACGGGGAUCCAAGAGGUGCCCCUUAACAAUUUCCACAUAUGGUACGUGAGAUCCAACGAUCCUUGGGAGAAGACGAUGUACGACGUGGUCGUUUCUCAAAUGGGCGAAAAUACCUCGGCGAAACUCGCCAUUCCUGUCGAGGUGGUGCCCGAGCCAGAUCUUCGACCGAAAAUAUAUUCCAUUAUCAGAUGGACGUGUAUCGAGAAACGGGUGAAAAAGAUUCCAAGCAUAGUUUACAAUUUGGUUUCCCUAACACCGACCGUGGAGGUUUCCUGCACGUUCGAGUCGAACAACACGAGCGAGUUGAGCGUGCAGGAGAGCAACGUUAAGAAAAAUCGAAGAAGGAGGAAGAAUUUGUCGAACGUGGAGACGCUAAAAUCAACGAGCAAAGAGAAUCAAUCUUUGAUGAUCGAAAGCAAGGAUGUGAAUUUGUGCUUGGCGCCGGAAACGAUGGUGGAGGAGCCGUUGAAACCAAGAUGGAUAUUGCUGCCGGGCGAAAGUCAGAGGUACAAGAUCCGAUUUCAACCGGAGGAGACAGGCCGCUACGAGGAAACGUACGCCGUGACGAUAGCUGAGGGGAACUGCAUCACUUACGACAUAAACGUUAUCGGUGUCGCGGACGUGCCGAGGCUCGACAUGAAUCCUGACACCAUCUUCAUGAAAACGAUGGCCACUAAAUUGCACGCGACAGACAAUUCCGUAUACUUUUACGACACGGAGACGUAUGACUUUGGAUCCCAGCUGCUUUUCCAUCAAGACCAAAAGCCGCACUAUCGAAAAGCCCGGCUCAAGUUUUGCAACAUUUCCGAAGUGCCUGUGGAAGUUUUCUUCUCCCUUUCCGAAAACGAGUGCUUUUCCAUCGAGCCGCAGAUGCUUUAUAUCGACCAAGGCGAUUGCGCGACAUUGAUGGUGACAUCCCUCGCGACCAGACUCGGGAUCAUCAAAACGAAGCUGUUACUCUGCAUCACGAACAACCCGAAAGUCGAAAUCCUCAUGCUUCAAAACGAGGGCACCAAGUUGGAUAUCGAAUUGGACGGGAAAAAUAUGCUCUUCGGUCGCACGCUACUCUAUCGAAUAGAAUACAGAUAUUUGACGAUUAUAAACAAUACCCCGGUCUCGUUCUUCUGGUUCUUGGAACUUGAGGAUCAAGUCAAUCCUCAGAUAUCGUUCAUACCUUACGAGGGAAUGAUCGAUGCCCACAGCAGGCAAGAAGUGGAAUUCCAGUACAACGCUAACAUGAUCGGCAUGAUCGAGAAAAAAAUAGUAAAGUUCAAAGCGUUCCUCGCCAAAGAAGAUUCGGAUCCCGUUUUCACGGAAAUUAUCCAAGUGUCGGGCGAGACUUACGACGUUACGGUUGACAUCAACGACGCGAAUCCUAUCGAUUUCAAAAAUAUAAAAGCAGAAUUCCCCGCGAAAGCUACGUUCACCAUGAGAAAUCGCGGCAACUAUGAGGUGAAAUACGUAAUAACGUUGCAAGAGAAAGAGAAGCUGAACGAAUUAAAUCUGCCUCGCAAUUUCAAGAAGAGCGUGAAAGUGGAGCCGUGCAGUGGAACCAUUUCGCCUCAUACGGAGAAAAUCGUAGAGCUGACAUUACAUCCGAUGAUGGAGUUGGUACUUAAGGAAGUUCCGAUAUUAAUGUGCAAUUUGAUCGACAUGCAGAAGAAACUCACGAUAAUCGCUGAGAUCCCUUUGAAAGUUUCCCUCGUUUCGUUUUACACGAGAUUUCGAGUUCACCCGUAUCCAGUGGUGAGCUUUGGGACAAUGGCCAUAUGCACGGAGAAAACGAUGUACAUUAACAUCGAGAACACGGGAAAAUUUCCAUUGCAUUAUUUCCUUCAAUUGGUGGAACAUCCAUCCGUGAUCUACAUGACCAAGUUGUGGCCACUAGAGAUUGGAAAGAAAAAACCGAUUAUAACCGAGGCGCUGACGAAAAAGACAAGGAGAGGCAUGAAAACUGAUAAGUCUGCUUUGUCGGAACCGGAAAAAAUAAUAUUGGGGCCGAUGACGAUAACGAAGCUGGAGGGUAAUGUGGACGUUGGUCAAAUGGACAGCGUCGCCAUUAAUUGUUACCCGGAAUUCGUGGGCUCCCAAGAGGAGCAGAUCGUGGUCGUCGUUCCCGAUACCAUACCCGAGGACAAAGACGGGAAGAUAAUCAGUUUAUCGGUGACCUCGUCCAUCCCUUGCAUCGAUUUUCUAAACUUCGACGAGAUGUUUCACGAAAACUACGUGGUCGAAAGAAUUCAAGACUUCGAUUGUUCCAACGAUAUCGGGCCGCACACCGUGUUUGCCCGCCAAGAGAAGUGUCUCUACUUCCGGUUCAUCAGCGUUCAGAGUACUCACACAGCUUGUUUCAAAUUGUUCAAUUACGGCAUAGUCCCCGUGAACAUAUCUAUCGAACUCAUAGAAGACUCAUUUUUACCCAAUAAGACAAGGUUCACCGUGUUCGUCAUAGAGCCGAUGUACGAACAGAUCCUUCCCAUGAACCACAAAGUGUUCACCGUGUCCUUCACUCCGAGCACCAUAAACACGUUUCGCGCGCAAUUUCACGCAAAAGUUGUUUUGCCCUCGCAUCUGGAAGCGGACGAACUGAUAGUGAAACUGAUAGGGGAGUCUUGCGUGCCGGAAGUGGCGAUCACGGAGCCGAUCCAUGCAACGAGGGAAACACCUUGCUUGAACUUUCCACGCACGUUGAUCGACGAAGGCAGUUGCAAAUAUUUCGUAUUGAAGAACGUCGGAUUCAUCAAGGCGAAAGUGAUCGUUGAAAUAGUGGAGGAUCCGAACAACGUGUUCACUUUCUUCCCUUGCCCGGACACGCAGCAUUUGUUGCAAAUUUUGGAGGACUAUUGCAACGAGCCGUACGAUCGAUGCACCGUGGUACGCUUGGGAUUCAAAGACACAGCAUGUUUUAAAGCAACGUUUGCGCCCGAAAAAAUUGGAAAGUUCUACGGGAAGAUUCGUUUGCACGUGAUCGAUAAUCCUUACGAGAAUCUAACGAUCAAUCUGGAGGGGGAUUGUUACGUGGAGGCGGUCGUGUUGGAAGGUCUACCCCUCGAUGACAAUAAAGUUAGAAUCUCGAAUGUGGGAAAUCGAGAAAAUUACAGGCGGAAAUUAACGUCCAGGCAGGCCUCCUUGUUGUCAGAGUCGAACAAUCAGUCGGUGAACUUGCCCUAUCUCACCUAUAUUCUCGACUACGGGCUUUGUUUCGUUAGUAAAAUGUAUAAAAAGACAUUUAAGAUCAUCAACAAAACGACGGACCGAUGGUUCCGUUUCCAAUGGGGUUUGCAUAACCACGUUGUGUUCGAGCCAUCUACUGGACAUAUAAAGUAUCUCACGUUCAAAGAGAUCAUCGUUACUUUCUUGGCAACGGAGCCGAAAACUCACCAGAACACUUCUAUCGAGUGUUCGAUAUGCGAGAUAUUGGUAGAGAAUCCGGAUGACGAAAUUGCAUGGGACGACAGGCAAACGGAGGUGCAAUGGAACAAGGUAUAUAGCGACUUAUCGAUGAAUGACGAUUUGUUGAAGAAGACCGUGGAACCGACCAUGGAGUCGAGUCACAACAUCGUCCCCGGAACGACGAAAAUUCUCCAACUCCUGUUAAACGCGAACGUUGCAUAUUCGGAAUAUUCGUGCAUCGUUGAAGAAAUAUUUUUCAAAGAUACCUUGAUGUAUCAGACCAGGGAGUAUACGUUCACCUUGACAAAUCCAGGUGUCGUGAACACGAUGUAUAUAUGGAAGAUAAACAUGGACGAGCAGUAUCCGAAGAGAUACCUGGGGGAGAAUUCAAACGUGAACUCAAGACAGAAAAUGUCGGAAUCCUCGAGCCACGUUUCGAAAUCGUUCAGGGGAACGUUGUCCGCGAUGAGUCAAAGAAACUAUUACGAGGACGACGUGAGCGCCGACGACUCCAAGUUUUUUUCACAACAAUGCACCUCGUUCAUUACUGACAGCGUGGAUAUAAAAGGGUUGAGCACGACCAGGCCGUCGGAUCUGUUCAGCAGCACCGCCGGAUUGUCGGGAAGAACCACCGACAGUUGGCUGGAAGGCGACGAUUUGCCGUUCGCAAUCCACCCUGAGAUGGGGACGAUACCGCCCGGAAAAUCCGAGGAAUGUACAUUAAAAUUCUCCCCCAAGGAUGUAUUUUAUUACAAGGCAUACCUUACGUGCAAGAUAGAGAAUCUGAAUCCUCAUCUGCCGAUCUUGAUGAUACCAGUCGUGGCAAGAAGUUUGUUACCGUACUGUCACUUCGACGUGCAGGAGAGCGACUAUGUAUCGAGCGGGAGGCGUAAUGCGCACCUACCCGGCCCCGUGGGAUACGAAAUAGACGAUCCAGAUCUAUGGCGGAACAUCAGGGUAAUCGAGUUUAAAGUGAUCGGCGUUGGCGAAACCCACGUGAGAAAAUUCCACUUGGUCAACCCUACCGUGGACGAUUACCAUUUCUCGUGGAAGAAUCAAAGCCUUCUUAGCGGGAUCGAGAUAUCGAAUUUUCACUGCACGGUGACCGAGGGGAUAGCCGAACGCGGGAAACGUACCGACAUGUCUUUCACGUUUUUGGCAAGCGAUAUCGGAGUCUUCGAAUCGUUCUGGCUCUUCUCCAUCGAGAAAUACAAUCUGGAAUGCCUUUUUCUCGUCGUCGGCAUCGUGACCGAACCGUCGGUGUACUGUAUGAUAGCACACGUGAAACUGAAGCCAACAAUCUUGGGAUUCAACGUGAGAGAAUCGAUAAAAUUUCUGAACAACGAGAAUUUCCACAUACCGUUCAGAGUGGUGGAAGAAUCCCUUUAUUCGGAGGGUAAAUUUCAAAAGCUCAACAUCACCCCAAUGACAGGAACCUUAGUGUCCAAGUGCGAACAGCAUCUCUGGAUCGAGUACCAUCCAACCCGGGUCGGUGAAUUCAAAUUUUACAUUCAAUGCGCCGUGAACCUGAUGAAAAAACCGAUUACCAUAUUAGUGAACGCCUACGUUUACGAUAUAUCGCUCUCGGUUACCUAUUGCUUGCCAAGCGGCGAAAUAGCGACGGCUAUUAAGAACAAGGAGAACGUUAUCGACUUUGGCAAGAUAAUACCCGAAAUACCGAACACCGUGAAAUUCGACUUAAAGAAUACCUGCAAAGUGGCGUUCUAUUACUGUUGGGAGCUCGGCAUCACCUCAGAAAUUACGUUCAAAAAUUCGUACACCAUAACGACGUCUCAGAAACAAGGUCAUCUAACCAGCGAGAAUCAAUGUACCUGUUACUUGACUUUGACGACAUUUCAGAAAAUUCACAUAAAAGAUCAUUGCGUUUUGCUGAAAAUUUCCAACGGUCCCUUUUAUAAAUUCAUAUUGAAAGCGUUCUCCAAGAAGCCUGCUAUCGAAUUCAGUUUCAAUCGUUACGAUUUUGGAUAUUGUUACAUUCACGAGAACGAAUCAAUUCCGUACAAGACGGAGCUUACAGUGACAAACACCGAAGACAUAUCAUACGUACUCGAAUGCAAGUACGAGAAGAAACCCCAUCUCUUCAUCGAUUUGAAUUUCAUGUCCGAAGCGUUGGCCGCCCAUUCUAAGAUCGUCAUACCGAUCAAUUUUCAACCGUUUGAGGAGAUAAAGUACCACGAGUGCUUGGUGUUUGUGAUCAAUUCGCUUUACGAGAGGAAAAUAACGAUUACAGGCGAGGGGAUCCCUUAUAAAGUAAAUUAGUCCCGAAUGAAAAUUUUUCGUGUAGAGAUAAGGCGAAUCUGUGUUCGUGAUAAAUCAAGUUUCUCGAUGAAACGAAAGAUUAAUUGAAACGAAAGUUGUGAAAUAAAACUUAAUUUUAGUUUC